UUUAUAUUCUAUGAACAGUACCCAAAAAUUGUGACAGCAUUUCUCAUAUUUUAGUAACGACCACUCAAAGGUGCGAUAAUUGCUUGGUUUGCUCCCUAUCUGUCUGUAAAAAGCAAGCUGUCCUGCAAAUUGUAUUACUUUGAUGGACGUGGUCUAGCUGAUCACACGAGAAUUAUCUUGACGCAUGGAUGAGGGAAUCGAAUUUGAAGACAUUGGUGUACCACUGGUCACAUCACAAUCCCUCCUCCACGGCAAACAGAGAUAAAAGAAAAAAAUGCACUUGGGACAAGUUCCGUUAAUGGAAUUUGAUGGAAAAAAUUGGCACACGCUUUGGCAAUUGCAAGAUACUUUGCCAAGAAGUUCAACCUUAUUCCAGGAGAUAUUUUGAAGCAGCCCAAUACAAUGUGAUGGAUACGUUGACAGUAGUUAUUGGCAAUUCUUAACCGGUCAGUUUUAUAUGCACACGUAAAUUUAUGACAUGUUUUUGCAACACAACGAACCGAGUCUAAUGCUAGUGUUUUGAUAUGUAUAUGGAGCUUACUUAGACAAAGUUGAUGGAAAUUAAGAAAAUUGUAUAUUUGGACUGAUAUGACCUCUAUACAUUUGGCAUGUCGAACUAUGGGGAACGGAACUCAUUCGGCGGAAUAAAUUGGUGGACCAGUUUUCAGUUCUGAAAAUAUAUAUUCAGAAUCAAAUUAUCAAAAAUGGAUAGAAAAUAUCGUCUAUAAACAUAAAUAUAUAAUAUAUACUAUUUGUAUAAUGUAGAAGAACGAGUAAAGAUUAUAUUCUUUCUGGAUAAUCAUCAUUCAAAAUCAGUGCUCCCAUGUAGAAUAAAUCUAUUUAUAAAAUUAGUUAUUUUUAUAAUUUAAAAAUUUUCCACUUCUGAUUUUUUUAGAAAUCAUGCUGCGUAACCCAGUCUGUGUCAUUCAACUUACAUAUUACACUCUCUUACGUUAUAGAUAUGAUAUAGUUACGCACAGGGCAAUGCGUUCUAAACUCUUUGUGAACUAUGCCAGAUAUAGUUAGAUAAGCACACUAAUAGUACACAUGUACAUAUGUGUGUGACUUCAUAUAUGUAGUAUACGUAGUAAAGUUAGUCUAAUUCUAGAAUCAGAUCAUAGCUUAAAGCCAGGCUUGUAGAGGAGUUAAAGUUCGUGCUCCAUUGACUGACUGCAUUGAAGUACAAAUCACAAUCCCGACUUAUGUAUGUAGGCCGGUGUUUCACGGUUGGGCCAUUUUAAUGUUUCAAGUCGCCGGAUUUCCGCAUAAUUAUUUCUUGACGUAAAAUACUUGUAGGCUACACAAGUUAAUUACAACACACAGAUUUGAACUCCUCUUUCACGUUGGUGCUACGUAUUACCAUUGGACACAACAACAUGACGAGCAAUGAGAACUAUUUGCCACUGUUCUGUUCCAGUUGUCGACAAGUUGCACUCUCGAGAAACUGGGACGACUCGCUUUUAGUGGCGACAGAAGUGGACGCGUCAGAAACGUACGAACUUGGACACAUUUCCAUUGUUCAAUGCACUUCUUGUAACAAAUUCCUGGGUCUGCUGGAUGAUAAAAGUACUUUCUACACAGCAGAGAGCAUAUUAGCAAAUGAAAAUACUAAAACAAAAACAGAUGGGUGGCACAAGAUUGAGGAAAGCUGGGAGAGAAUGGUGUUGUUCGUUCUCAGUCAGGUCGUUUACAAAGAAUAUGAAGAGCCGGAUGAGACUCUUCUGGAAGUGGAGUUUGCCUUUCCACCUCCAACAGAUCUCAUUAAAAUUCUGUGGGUCAACGAGCAGCCCGUUGGGUUUUACAGCGUCAAAGUGAAAGGGACGUUGGAUCCCGUUGCAAUGGAAUGUUACAGAAUGACGACCUUGGACACACUGUUCAUCAGACGAGACUAUCGGGGUCAAGGCUGGGGGUCUUCAGCAGUAAAGGAUUUACUUUUGGAGUUUCCACAAGAAAAUAUUGGAUUUAGUUUCCCAAUUUCCAUUCCUAUGAACAGAGUCUUGAAGAAAUAUUUGGAAGUAACUCCAUCAGAUCGGCCUCGCUUCUGGGAAGUAACCGGCUGCGGCACUGAAGGCAACACUCGUAAUUUGUGGUUGAUGUCUCGACGACAACCACCCACGUCCAGCAGUAGGAUCACUGCAUCUUCUUCUAGCACUUUGGAAUGACACAAUGAAAAUCUUUACCCAUCACCAUGCACAGACCUGGAGCUAUGUUCAAAUUACGCUAUUUACUUGAUUUAAAAAUUGGUAGGUAGUUGUUCCUUUUAUAGAAAUUAAGCAUCGUGGUUGACGUCAAUCAUUAAAUAAAACCAAUCUAAAUUACUCCUCUAACAACGGGUCAUGCUAAAUGAGUGCACCUUAACUCUUUAGUGCUUUCUUUGUCCACAAAAAAUCCUCCUAUGUAUUUAUAUACGACGCCGCCUGAGAAGUGAACUCUUUUCGGAGCGUUUAAGUUGAAAAACAUGACAUAAUUCUGACCAGCCAAGGACAUACAACUGCGAGCAGUGAAUCGUGAUGAAAAAGUGGACGGAAUGAAAUAUACACAAAGCUGUUUAGUGGCCGAAUGGUUGUUCAAUCUUCGUGAAAGAAAGAAGAAAAGGCUGUCCCACCACAACAACUAUAUGUCCGACGACUACACAGCUUCAUCGUUUUUAAGAGUUGAGCAAGGCGGAGAGAGAGAGGUACAUACGACAAGGAAGCCUCUUCUGUGUAGGAGAAAGAAGAUGACCCAAUCCGUAUAACGAAUUACAACCAAGUGGCUGAAUGACAAUACAAAUGCUCAGGAAAACCUCUAAACCCGAAAGAAUGAAGAGAUUUACUGUGGGACUCUGGCUGAAUUAUUUAUUUUUACAAAGUACUCAUGGCAAACUUCUACAUGUCAGGUGUACACUAUCAUCAGAUGUAUUUAUAGAACUUGCUUCAAAUGAACAUGCAAUGUAGAGAUAUUGGUGUGUGUCGAGGUGAGACGAAUCUUUAUUGACGAUACAUACAUACAUACAUACAUACAUACAUACUUUCGUUUUAUAUACACACAUAUUUUACACAUAUUUUUUAUACCUUUUACUCGAAUAAAUUACAAAGCACAAUUUUUAUUACAAGGCAUUUUAAACACAUUCUAAACAAGAGAAAUUAUAUAUAUAUACUACAAUAUUAUAUUAUCAUGUACUGGGUGUAUUACAUAAUUAUUCAUUGCAUCUGUUCAUCUGUUCUGAGUGCCUAAUAUAUUGUAUAUAAGUAGUAUUUACAAAUUCAUGUAUACUGAUAUAU